AUGUUCCAAUUUCCAUUCCCAAACAAGCCGGGUGAAUGUAGACGGCCAGUUACGGUUCCUCCCUCCGUGAGUGGAAAGCAUGUUCAGCUACCUGAAAUCUACACCACUCUCCCCGCUGUAGCUAUGGCAAAGUCUAACACCGUUGUCCCAUAGGUAAAGGUGGAGCAAACAAAGGUCUGCCUGGAUAAAGCCGUAGAAGCGGAAAAUGAAUAGGUGCAGAUCUCCACGCGACUUUUGAAAAAAGAAGAAAUAGAGAAAGGAGACGCUAUUGCAUCGACAGCUUAUCACGCCUCUAAAAAAACGCCCACACAUGGGCUUCCAGCCUUGUGUGCAAUGCUACCUCUCCUCUAUGAGAAGACUGCUACAGCCGCAAUGAAUAAGCACGGUAUGGAUAUAGUGAAGCAAGCCACAAAUUUACGUUUGAUCAGCCACUCUUUGCCCUGGCAAAGCUGGUCCAAUGGCAGUUUCCAGCCACUCCCGGCGAAGGACAGUAUGUAGCCAUGUUGGGAGGCUUGUACACAGAGAUGGCUCUUUGGAACGUACCUGGAGAUUUACUGGAAGGCUCUGGGUGGACAUCAGCUCUAUCAGAAGCUGAAGUAACUUCUGCACAAUCGAUGUUGAACGCGGCUCACCUUACCCGUACCAGACACGCCCACCAAGCCACACUGUUAACCUUGCAUAUCCUUCAACGCGAAGCUUUCUUAAGUUGUCACGGUUCUGAACACGAAGAAACAGCCGAAGCCUGGAGAUUACAGAUGAUAGCUAAAAGUCCAACAUUUAUGUUCUGGGACCUUAUUUUGCGAUACGAAACUCCUAUUCUCAUCUUUGUCCAGGCUCACAGGGAGAAAAACUUUCCUUUGUACGUGAACGUUUUGGACCAUGUCAAUUACGCAAGGUCGCUACCCGUUCAUAUAAGAGAGAUGAAAUCUUUGCCUCGGCCAAUCAAAGAAGUGUUUGAGAUUCAGGGCAACUGGGUUAUUUAA